ACAUGAUAGUGUAAGCGAAAGAUCAGUGAUUUACCUACAGCCACACCUGUUUCUUUAAGUGUGUGUGUGUGUAAAUGUGUGUAAGUGAGAUCGGACUAUGCUCAGAUUUGACACUCGUCAUGACUUUAUAAAUACUUGGCUUCUGUCUUACUGGAGUAACAGGAUUUGUCAGUGCAGAUCAAAGUUAAGCAUUCAGAUGAGCAUCAACUGGACUUUAAUGCUUUGUUUCAACCAACGUGAGAACAAACAGAUGUUAAAUACAUACAGAGCACAGUUUAGUUUACAAGCUAAAGAGAAAAACAAGUCAGUGCCAAAAUGACAGACGCGCUGGUUUUCAGACCUGAAUCCCCUGAAGAGAACCUCACAGAACCUCAGAGGAGCGAUGGAGAUGAGCUCGAGUCCGGCAGCCUGCGGUGGUUUGAGAUUCAAAGCACAGAGAGGGGAUCGCCUGAAGGACGGACGUCCAGUCAGGAGCAGAUGAACCAACCGGAGAGAUCCAGUGAGCUGAAGGGACAAGAGAACUGGAUAGACAUGCAGGAUAAGAAGAAAGAUGAUAAUGAUGAUGAUGAAGAUGAUGACGAUGAAAGUGAAGAUCAGUUAAAGGAGGGAGACGGCUCAUUGGCUGAUGAUGAGGAUGAUGGCUGUGAUGAUGAUCUCCAGGAGACCUGGACGUCAGAGAAAGCAAGACUGGUCUUUACUCCAACUGUAAUGAUCCUGAAGCCAACAAGCAAUCAGGAGGACCUGAAUGAAAGCAAUAUGAUACAGAUGGAGAAAGUUCCUCUACAUAACUUACACAUGAACCAAUCAGAACACUUCCACCCGCAGUGGAUUGAUGAGAUUGAUAAACCCAAAGAUAGGUGUUGUGGAGAGAUCAUAAAGCUGUGUUUGUGUGUAACGUCUGCCGCUGUGAUUUUUCCUCUAUUGACGUGGGGAGGUUAUGAGCUGUUGCCCUUUAAUACCCCUCCUCUCAACAGUGCCCCCCUCAGGCUGCUCUACACACUGCGCUGUGCUUUUUUUGCCAUUAUUCCUAUAGUGCUGGGUGUGUUGGUUCAAGGUGUGUCUCGUCUGAAGUUUGGGACACUGAAGCCUCUGUUUGAUGGGAUAUUGAGGAAUCGUGAAGUGGGUGUACACAGCUAUUAUGUCAGAGAGUCGCUCCAUCUGUACCUCCUUUAUUUCAUGCAGCUCGCCGUCAUGGCAACGUACGCCCAACAGGAAGUACUUAAACUGGUACCGAUGCUCACCAUCAUCUUUGUGUUUGGCAGGUUGAUUUACUGGGUGUGCGCCGUGUUUGGUAGCAGCGUGCGAGCGUUUGGUUUCGGCCUCUCAUUCUUGCCCCUACUUCCCCUGCUGGGGGCAAACAUUUACUUCAUCUGCUCGGCUGAGGGGCAGGAGGUGAUGUUUGAUGUUGCCCCGCCCACUACAGCCCCGCCCCCAAAACAGAGAUGGUGGGGGUGAAGAGAAACAGAGUUUGAGGAUGUGAAAUGUUCAGUAUGUGACGUGUUUGCUCAUGACAGCAGGACUGAAGAGUUUCACUUACAUUGAGUUAGAUGAUGAACUCAACAUGUGUCAUGAGCUGUUUAACUGAUCUGACCUCAGUUAUAAUACUGCGGUAAACAUCACAAUCACAUGACAGAUUAUAAUGAACAUUUGAAGUGAACUCUGCAUAAUUAUCUUAAAAUCAGCUUCAUUUCGUUCGUGCAAAUAUCUGUAAUAUUUCUUUCUCAUGAUUUUGUGAUGAAUAUCAGUCAGUCAUACAAUGAGAAGUCAUUUGCUUUGUUUUUCACAAAAGUAUUUUGAUGUUGCUGAUAUUCCAGUUGUUUACUAUAAUAUCAUAAUUAUUGUUAUUAGCACAUUUACUUGUGAUAUAUUACUGAUGUUUUAUUCAUGUCAAUGCAGUGUUAUAUUUCUGUGGAUUUUAUCUGUCUCCUUUUAAAUCAUUUCAAAUAUUUAUGAUGAAUUUAAACAUGAUGUCUGGAUGUUCUUGCUUUUUAACAGCAUCUUUAAAAUGAAUCGCUAAUAAAGAACAAACACUAAACGUCA